AUGGAGAAUCAAAUCCUGGACAUGGUGUCUGAUCAGAAUUUAGAGGAGCUUCCAAACAUGGAGCCAGACGCAGGCGAGAUGCAAAAGCCAGAGGAGGAGCAGCAGGACGAAGCUGACCCUGAUCCCCAACCUGAAUCUAGUCAGGAGACAAUGCAGACGAGAAGCGGCCCUCCACCGCUGGCUGUCAUUGAGUUCCGCAUUCAGCAGCUUCAGAACCGCCGUUUCCUCCUGCAGAAGAUGAGGGAAUUUACCAAAAAGUCAGAGCAAAAGAUGGACAGCGCUCCAAAGCAAACAAACAUCGAGGAUGACGAUGACAGCGAAGACGAGCUGGAGACCAUUCAGAAAGAGCUGAAUGUGCUGCUGCUUAAAAAGGAGGAGCUGUCGAAAGAGGAAGAGACUGCCACACCCACAGAAAACGGAGUUCAUCAAGCAGACCCCAGUUUUUAUAAAAAUGAAACACCCUGGGGAGGGAUCUACACGCUGCCGCCUGCAGAGGUGACCCAGGAGGAGAGCAUAGAACCCGAAGACCCCGAAGACCCUGAAGAACCUGUAGAACCUGUAGAAACUGAACCUGAAAUACCAAUAGAAACACCAGAAGAUGACAUCGCUCCAGUUGAAACUCUGUGCAGAGACGCCGGGCUCACCCAGUGUCCGACCUGCAAAGAGCUCAUCAUCACACAAACCCAAAGGAAAGUGGGCGAGACAACUUGGUUAGCGUGCUGCUUGUGCUCCAUGUUAGGCUGUGUUGGCGGCUGCUGUAUAAUCCCUUUCUGCAUGAAAAACUUCAAGGACGUUCUUCACCAGUGUCCACACUGUCAGUCCACAAUACACACCUUCAAGCCAUUCUGA